AUAAAGUUAUAAUAUGUAAUUUGUAGAUAUCUCUCUAUAUACCUACCAACUGUUGUAGGUGUACCUGUUGUGAAAUCGUUUACAUUUUGGUACCUGUCGUUGAUCAAACUGAUACUUAGUUUUUUUUUCAUUUGCGUACAUUGUCGUUAGAUUUCUUGCCUUCUGGCAACUGUGUGAGUUUCCAACAUUUUGAUUAUUCCUUUCAUUUUAACACUAGGUGUUACUACUUACUAGGCACAUACAUUCAAUUCAAAAAUUUGCCUUGGUAUAUGUGCAAUUUGCAUGUCUACCCCCUAAACUCUGAUAAAAGAAAAGAUAAUUUUGAUCGUCGAAAGCCGCACAAGUAUCGUGACUACAAUAAAUCCCAUGAACGACAACACCGAAGACACAAUUCAAACUCUGAAGACGAUGCUCGUAGAAAAAGACCAAGGCAUGAUCGCAGAGACAACUCAAGACAUCAAGGCAAGUCAGAUGUUGAUCACGUAUGGGGCACUAAUGACUCGUCUUGUGAAAAGAAACCUGUAGUGAAAAAAGAAGAACCAAAUUUUGAAACUACUGGCAAGUUAGCUGAGGAUACAAAUACUUUUAAUGGUGUAGUUAUAAAGUAUAGUGAACCAGCUGAGGCGAGAAAACCAAAACGACACUGGCGAUUAUACCCAUUCAAAGGAGAGAAACAAUUACCUGUACUACACAUACACAGACAAAGUGGGUAUUUACUCGGACGUGAUCGUAAAGUGGCAGACAUACCAAUAGAUCAUCCGUCGUGCUCAAAACAGCACGCUGCUCUUCAAUACAGGUUAGUUUCAGCCAAAAAAGAUGGGCGCCAUAUCAGAUGUAUUCGGCCAUAUAUUAUUGAUUUAGAGUCAGCUAAUGGCACUUAUGUUAAUAAUCAGCGUAUAGAUUCCAAAAAAUAUGUGGAAUUGAUGGAGAAAGACGUUGUUAAGUUUGGGUUCAGUUCUAGAGAAUAUGUGCUUUUACAUGAACAUAGCACAGAUUCUGGAGAUGAUGAUAGUCUUGCUGAAGACAAUCCAAACGAGGAGUCCAAUGCAGAUUGAAUGCAAAACUUAUUUUAAGGAAUUAAGAAGUUUUCUUAAUUUUAAAUUGUAAAUAUUUAUUUUGAUACAAAAAAUUUUUACGAAGAUCAACAUUUAAUUUCUUGUGUUUUAAAUAAUUACU